CGUACAGCUCUCAACAUGACGCUACACCACGUUUUAUUGGUUUCGUUUACAUUAUUCACGUUCACGUAUUGUCUGUCCAUCAAAAACGAAGAUGUUAAAAUUAUAUCCAAAACGAUCGGAGUUGUUGUAAGCAAUGUUUGUUCUCCUUUUACGAACAUUACGACGUACAGCAGGAGUCAAAAGUUACUCUGCAUUUUCUGCAAAGGUAUAAUCCCAUCAUGCUGGACAAGUGCAAGACCAAGUACAAAUACACCUGUACCAACUACUACAACAUCGACUACAAUUUCUAAAAGCACUAGUCCAUUACGUACUACUACUGUACAAAUUACUGAAGAAACAACAUCUAAGGAAGAAUAAUAAUAAAAAAGAGCAUAUUAUUACAAGCAUUAACGUCAAUAUUUUUAUAGUACUAAAAUACAUUUUCAGUUAUUUAAC